GACUUGGAUAACUGAAAACUUGUGUUUGGCUACUUAUUAAUUGCACUAAUUUAAGGUUUACAGUCUUAAGCCCAGUUUGUCUUGUACAUUACUAGCUGAAAAUGGCUAAUGAUUUACAGAAAGACUUGACAAACUCUCUGACACUUAAAAAGGAGAUGUCUUUGAUACAUGGGGUUUGCCUGAUUGUAGGGAACAUGAUUGGAUCAGGCAUUUUUAUUUCUCCAAAAGGAGUGGUGUUGUAUAGUGGAUCCUAUGGACUUUCCUUAGUCAUCUGGGUGAUAGGAGGAAUAUUUUCUGUCAUUGGAGCCUUAUGCUAUGCUGAACUUGGAACAACCAUCACCAAGUCUGGAGCGAGUUAUGCCUAUAUUUUGGAGUCAUUUGGUGGAUUACUUGCUUUUGUUAGGCUGUGGACUUCAUUACUGAUAGUGGAUCCUGCAAGCAUAGCAGUACUUGCAAUCACAUUUGCCACUUACAUUAUACAACCUUUCUAUCUAACAUGCAAUCCACCUUACAUGGCUGUACGCCUUGUUGCUGCUUUGAUAAUUUGUCUCUUAACUGCUGUCAAUUGUGGCAACGUGAAAUGGGGUAAUACAAUGCAGGUGGCAUCUACUGUCGCCAAAGUGCUUGCAUUAAUUGUCAUCAUCAUAGCUGGAAUGGUAAAACUAUGCCAAGGUUAUACAACAAAUUUUGAAAACUCAUUUGAAGACUCUAACCUGAAUGCAGGUGAUGUAGCUUUGGCAUUGUACUCUGCCUUGUAUUCAUAUUCAGGCUGGGACACACUUAAUUUUGUUACAGAAGAACUUAAAAAUCCUGAAAGAAACCUACCAUUAUCCAUCGCAAUCUCCAUACCUUUGGUUACUGUUAUUUAUGUCUUGACAAAUGUGGCAUAUUACACAGUGUUGGAUCUAAACACUGUCCUGGAUAGUGAAGCUGUCGCAGUGACAUUUGCUGAUGAGAUUUUAGGGUAUGCAAGAUGGCUUAUCCCAAUAUCAGUUGCCAUGUCUUGUUAUGGUGGUUUGAAUGCAUCUUUGAUUGCUGUUUCUAGGUUGUAUUUUGUCGGCUCUCGAGAGGGGCAUCUUCCUACUGUCUUGUGUAUGAUACAUGUGAACACAUGCACACCUAUCCCAGCUCUCAUUUUUAGUGGAGGCAUGUCAUUAAUUUAUCUUCUUGUGGAAGAUGUCUUUCAGCUCAUCAACUACUUCAGCUUUAAUUACUGGCUUUUCAUUGGCCUAUCCAUAGUCAGUCAGAUUUACCUGCGGUUUAAGUUCCCAGAUAUGCCAAGACCUGUAAAGCUGAGCCUGUUCUUCCCUAUUACAUUCUGUUUAUGCACUGUAUUCCUGGUUGUUGUUCCAUUAUAUAGCGACACAAUUAACACCAUGGUUGGAAUAGCAAUAGCACUUUCAGGUGUCCCUGCAUACUAUCUCUGCAUCUACCUUCCACCCGACAGACAACCCAAAUGUCUUCAGAAACUAUUGGGUUUUCUCACAGUGAAUGUUCAGAAGAUGUGCUUGUGCUGUGCAGUGGAUUCUGAAGAUAGAAAAGAAAUGUAAUCAAAUACUUAAUGUGGAUACGUAGCCUUAAGGAAUUAGGAUUUUUACUUACUUUGUAAUAGUAUGCAUAUCAAUGCACAUUUUUAGAAGUUAAAUGAUGUUAAUGGUUCAGUUUACUCUGAAUAUUUAUUUUUGUAGAAAUUUGAAAGCAUCUAAUGCUUUAAUGGUACACAAAGGUAAUGUGAAGAGCACCGAUUCCCAAAAUACUUUAUAGUUUUCAUUCUAUUUACAGUUGAAGUAAAUCUGUUGUUCAUUGGUGGUCAUGUAGCCCUUUCUGUUGGGAUUUAUAUGCACUUACCUGUUUUAGUGCCACUGAUUGUAUAGGGAAAAUGUAUACCUUUUGGCAUAAUUCAAUUUGCAAGUACCUUUUGCAGUAGAGAGCCUGCUAAUUGCAACAGUAUAUGUUCUUGUUUUAUAAUUAAAACAUAGCUAACUUCCAGUGAUUAUGGCAAACACGAGUUGUAUUUUAAUUAAGUAAUAGUAAAGUCUAUUGUUUUAAUUUAACAGUUUCAGUGUGCUGCCUCUAAUAAACCUGUGGUAAUUUGUUUAUUUGUA